AUCCAAGCUCUGUUCUCCACCAUUGUGUCAUUUUUCCAGAAAUUUCAGUUGACCGGAGAGGAGGAGGAGGAGGAGGAAGAUUGAUCGGAGAUCUUCCAUAGCCAAAAGCUUAAGAUGAGCCAACAACUGGGAGUGCUAAGCGCACUCGAUCUUGCAAAAACCCAAUGGUACCAUUUCACGGCAAUCAUCAUCGCCGGAAUGGGUUUCUUCACCGACGCCUACGACCUCUUCUGCAUCUCCAUCGUCACCAAACUCCUCGGCCGAAUCUAUUACCAUAUUCAAAACUCCCCCCGACCCGGAUCUCUCCCCCCCAACGUCGCCGCCGCCGUCAACGGCGUUGCCCUCUGCGGUACCCUCGCCGGCCAACUCUUCUUCGGCUGGCUCGGCGAUAAACUUGGCCGGAAAAGGGUCUACGGCAUUACCCUCAUUCUCAUGGUCCUCUGUUCCAUCGCCUCUGGCCUCUCCUUCAGCAACUCCCCAAAAGCCGUUAUUUCCACUCUCUGUUUCUUCCGUUUCUGGCUCGGCUUCGGAAUCGGCGGCGACUACCCUCUCUCCGCCACUAUAAUGUCGGAAUACGCCAACAAAAAAACCCGUGGCGCAUUCAUCGCCGCCGUCUUCGCAAUGCAGGGGUUCGGAAUUUUAGCCGGAGGAGUCGUUGCUUUGGUAGUCUCCGCCGCCUUCAACAACCGCUUCCCUGCACCACCCUACAGCGAAAAUCCCUCCCGCCCCACAAUCCCGGAGGCGGAUUACGUGUGGCGAAUCGUCCUAAUGUUCGGCGCAAUUCCGGCCGGAAUAACAUACUACUGGCGGAUGAAAAUGCCAGAGACGGCGAGAUACACCGCUCUGGUAGCCCAAAACGCAAAACAAGCCGCCGCCGACAUGUCAAAAGUGCUGCAAGUCCACCUCGAAGCCGAAGAACAAAAACCCACAACCGAAUCAAAUCAAAAUCCAAACCGUUUCGGUUUAUUCUCGAAGAAAUUCGCGAAACGCCAUGGGCUCCAUUUAUUGGGGACAACCACCACAUGGUUUCUAUUAGACAUAGCGUUUUACAGCCAAAACCUCUUCCAAAAAGACAUUUUCACCGCCAUCGAAUGGCUUCCACCGGCGGCAACAAUGAGCGAAUUAGAAGAAUGUUUCAAAAUCGCACGCGCACAGACACUAAUUGCCCUGUGCGGGACGGUUCCCGGGUACUGGUUCACGGUGGUGUUCAUCGAUUACAUAGGGAGAUUCGUGAUUCAAUUGAUGGGGUUCAUAAUGAUGACGAUUUUCAUGUUUGCUCUGGCUUUUCCAUACAAUCAUUGGAAGGAGAAGCCGCACAGAAUUGGGUUUGUGGUGAUGUAUUCGCUGACGUUUUUCUUUGCGAAUUUUGGGCCGAAUUCGACGACGUUUAUAGUGCCGGCGGAGAUAUUUCCGGCGAGGUUGAGGUCGACUUGCCAUGGGAUAUCGGCGGCGGCGGGGAAGGCAGGGGCGAUAGUGGGGGCGUUUGGGUUUUUGUAUGCGGCGCAGAGUAAGGAUCCGGCGUUGACGGAGCCGGGGUACCCGACGGGGAUCGGCGUUAAGAAUGCUUUGAUUGUGUUGGGAUGCAUUAAUUUCUUGGGAGCUUUGUUUACUCUGUUAGUGCCGGAAUCCAAAGGCAAAUCUCUGGAGGAGCUGACGGGGGAGAACGAAGUGGAUGACGAUGGGAUUGGAACUCCCCCUGUCUGAUCAUUUACAAAUAUUUUUUAUUUUCUAUUUAAU